GCGGUAGUCCAGCCCGCGGACACUGGAUCCGAGCGGGGUCCCGGCGGAGCGCGGCGCCCCCUGCGCACCAUCAUCAUGGUCAUGAAAAAAGUACUCAUUCUGGGUGGAAUACUGAUGGCUGGGAUCAUUGGAUACUUUAGCAUACAACAUAUCAACCAGACCUCAUGGGAACCUGUAAGCAUACAACAUAUCAGCCAGCCCUCAUGCCAGCCCGUAAGACAAACUGACUUGAAUGAGAACUUCUCAGUGCUUCCACGAAUGUCAUAUCGUCAGCCAUUUGUGGACAAGCCUCAGAGAACUGAUGUCUUGCUGAUGUCCCCGUGGCUGGCUCCCAUCGUGUGGGAAGGCACCUUCAACAGAGACAUCCUGAAUGCCCAGUACAGACAAAAAAAUUUCGUUGUUGGGGUGGCCACAUUUGCGGUAAAAAAAUACAUCCGGUUCAUAGAAGGGUUUCUUGGCUCCGCCAACAAAUUCUUCCUCUCUGGGCACAGGGUCAACUUCUAUCUCUUCACUGACAACCCAGAGAAAGUCCCAUCCAUUAAGCUGGCCCCUGAGAAGCGUCUCUUCAUCAUCCCUGUCCAGAACUACUCACGGUGGCAGGACAUCUCCAUGAACCGCAUGGACAUCAUCAGCAAUCACAUCCGCAGCCACUGGCGCUAUGAAGUAGACUACCUUUACUCCAUGGACAUUGACGUCCAGAUGUUCGAGCACAUUGGGGUGGAGAUCAUCGACACGCUUGUGGGGACCAUCAGCUCCUGGCUAUACACCACACCCCGGGAUAGCAACUCCUAUGAGAGGCGUCCGGAGUCGCGAGCCGCCAUCCCCCGUGGGGAAGGGGAUUUCUACUAUGCAGCCAGCUUCUACGGAGGGAGCGUGUCUGAAGUCUACAAGUUGACCACAGCCUGCUUCAAAGGGGUCACGGAGGACAGAGCCAAUGGCAUCGAAGCCAAGUGGCAUGAGGAAAGCCACCUGAAUAAAUACCUACUGUACCACAAGCCUACACGCCUGCUGUCCCCGGAGUACUACUGGGAUGAGGAACUGAUCAGACCUCGCAUCAUCAGGGUUAAGAGAUUGUCGUCAGUGCGCAAAGAUCUGAAAGAAGUCAGGUUCUGAAGGAAGGAAGAGACAGAGAAAGAUAUGGAUGGAUGGAUGGAAGCUGUGGCAGAUAUGGCAAUCUCCUGCAAUACCCUUGAAAAAAACCUCGUUGAAUUAAGUUUAAGUAUCUUUAAUGUAUGGCUCAAACUUGUUGAAUAACAGGCUCAAUUGUAAAAGCAGCAAAGAAUCCUGUGGCACCUUAUAGACUAACAGACGUUUUGCAGCAUGAGCUUUCGUGGGUGAAUACCCACUUCUUCGGAUGCAAGUAGUGGAAAUUUCCAGGGG